CCCCUCUUCUCCUUGUGCAUGUUGCACGAUUUUUCCUUGCUCGUGGGCAGAAACAUCAACACUAAAAAAUAAUUAUUCAUGCUUAUAAAUUUAUAAAGGAUUUGAAAUAAUCUAGACAGAUUUUCUGAUGGAGAUCAAGAAUAUGUGCAGCGUGCUAGCUCGAAUAAGACCCCGUUUGCCGACUGCCACUCACUGCACUAGACGAUGCUCUGGAGUUUCUCAGCAAUCGCCAGCCAAAAAGCCCGAAAUAAAAAUUCCGAAUAGAAUUGAUAGAGGGCCAACGGACAUCCUGAGGGCACUUUCGAACACAAUUCAAACUGAUUACACUGCGCCGCAUUACAAGUAUCAUGAUGAUCCCUUUCUCAUUCCCUUGUCAAACAUUGGAAAACGAACGUUUGCCCUGGCAAAAGAAUCUGGUAAAAAAGCGGCUCAAUGGAUCAUGGCUCAGAAUGCUGAACUUUUUAAUGCAAGGACUGCAGAUCCAGCAAUACCCGCUUUCUUACCCAAACUAGUUUUCACUCCAGACUCUAAGGUCACAGAAAAUGAUUUGCAUUUGGCCAUCGAUGGUGCUAGAGUUGAAGAAGCGUUGCAGAUUUAUGAUAUAAUGCAAAAGCAAGGCCAAACUGUGUCGUUGGAAGCUCGGCAAGCCCUCUUAGAAUUCCUAAGCUACUUUAAUUCGGAGGAAACUUUACCGGAAGAGUUCAUUGAGGAGCGCUGGUUUCUUCAGUUUCAGAAGAAAGAAAGCAGACAAAAGAAGUCUUGGAAUGAUGCUGGAAUGGCACAAGCGUUGUUCGACUCGAUAAAAGAAGAGCUUCAAGAAGGGCCAGCAUUGAACAAAGCAAAGUGUGCUCUUCUGAGAGGAAUGGCCAAGUAUUGUCAGGCUGAUCGGGGCUGGGAAAUGUACAAGACCAUGAGGAGUGCGGCAGAGCCCAUUGACGUCGACACUUACAACCAAAUCUUCAAACUUGUUGGAUUUGUCCGAGACACCAUCGAAAAACGAUCAGAGCUUGUGGAGGAAAUGCUGAGAGAGAUGAAUGCAAAUAAAGUGAAGCCGAACAUCGGCACUCUUAAUGCCAUUUUGGAUAUGAUGGUUAGCAGCUCAGGUCAAAGCCAGACAAAAACUUUUGCAACUAGGUUGAUUGCUGAGUUCAAGCUCUUGGGCAUCAAGCCGUCCUUGGCUUCUUACUACCACCUUCUCAAUAUUUUCAGUCGCGACAGGGGACCAAAGAGCGGCGUUCUCCAGGAAAUAAUAACCAUUUUGGAGAGUGAAGGCCCUCUUGAAAUACGAGACCCCAAAGACACCUUCUUCUUUGUCACUGCAAUGGACGUUUGCAAAAAUUCAUUGGAGGAUCCAGCUUUGGCAAGACGUGUCCACAAUCUUCUACUUUCCCACAACAAUUAUGACUUUAUUGGUGAUACAUACAAGGAGAGCAUUUAUUACCGCCUUUUCUUUUCACUUCUCAUAAAUUUGGAGCCACUGGACGAGUUUAUGAAAAUCUACAACAAAUAUGUACCAAACAUUUACAUCCCUGAGCCAGGAAAUAUGGAGGACAUCGUACGCUCAAUCGACCUCCAUGGAUCAUGGGAAAUGCUUCCUCAAAUAUGGUCGGAUCUAGUCGUUUUCGACCAGAUUAAUAGAGAUAAUCUGGUUACUGCCUGGUUCAACACAGCUGUCAAGGCAAACGUAGUGGCUCCCUUUGAAUCUGCCGUCUCUCAGCAGGAUAGCGUCAAAAACUUGUACGUUUCGGUAGAGCCAGACGACCCUCAGCAAAUUUUGGCUACCUCGUUUUAUGAGGCAGCAAAACACUACUGGGAAAAAGUUGCUUCUCAGCCAAAACGCUUUGUCAACAAAAUUACGUGGUCGGGAGUAAACCUUGGAAACUGCAUGAUUUUGGCUGUGCGAGCCAACAAGUACAAUUUUGCAGUUAAAAUCUUGGAUAAGUUGUUGGACGAGUACAAUGGAGCUCCACCUUCUGUUGAAUCUCUUCGAAUUUUUAUGAAGAGAGCUGUCGCUGAAAAUGAUCUGGACUCAGCAGUGAAAUGCAUUGUGUUUGCCUGUGAAACCGGAUUCGCAGAAGCUGCCAUGCUAGCAGACGAAUUGAAACAGGCAUCUCAGCUGAAGGAGAAUCAAAUUUCAAAAAUCAACUCGGCACUUGGAAUUUUGUAGAUAAUAUAAUGAGUAUUUUAAUAUGUAUUAGAACCAAA